CUCGUCGAUGGUAAGUAACACUCCACUUGCAGUAACCCGCACCCAGUCAGCAUAUUCACCGUCGGUUGGAAGACUGGGGCGCUUCCCCAACCUACCACUGUUUAACAGAGUGCCUAAUGCCGCAUCACGUCACCUAAACCAAACAUAUCCUUGACAUACGGUUUUUUUCGGGUGAUAACCUAGAAACGCACAGCAAUCCCUCCUCAGAUUUCCUGAGUCAGAUUUCCCCUGGCGGCGCACUUACACUACUUUAAGAUGCCUCCAAGGCUGUGUCCCGGCUGCUCGCUUCAUACUACAUAACAUGAUUACCAUCAGUACUUGAGGUUGUGCCAAGUCACUUCAUUCAGUUUAACUUUCUCAGGGAUAUACCAAGUAUACAUACAUCUCGACUCUAAUCUUGAUCACACGUGGUAAAAGCGGUACCGAUUGAGCUGGCGGAGUUAUCGUCUGCUCCGUCAUCACUCCACUCCCCCCUCAUCUCGAGGUCCCAUCUAUCCGGUUGAGGGCCAACAUCACAUUGUAUAAAUUGUCCCUCCCCGGGACCUUCUUACAUCUCGUUCCAUAGGAUCAGCGCUCCAGAUCAUCCGCUUGCCUGUCCUUCACAGCCUAUACCCUGCUCAAGGCCUGAAACCCUCGUCACUUUGUCUCACUUGCUUAACCCGGUCCGUUCUCCACACCCUUUCCCACAAUGAGAAAUAUCCUCAGUGUCAUGGCGGUGCUCCUGCCCGUCGUCUCUGCCUUUUGUGACCACGGCACGACCCUCUUCCCCCGUGCCAGCGGCGAUCCGGUCAAGGUGGCCCAAUACGGCUUCGACGGCAUCCGCGGGCCCCUGAACUGGCACGGACUGAACAAGACGGCCAACUACAAGUGCGCCAAGGGGAGGGAGCAGUCUCCCAUUGAUAUUAGCACGAGCUCCAACAAGACAGUCAGGGGAAGCAGUCUCAACUUCAACAUCGACUCGUAUCCAGACGGUGCCGAGCUUCUCAACCUGGGCAGCACCCUCGAGGUCGUCGCCAACGGCUCCAUCAGCCUUGCCAACAAGACGUUCAAUCUGGCACAGUUCCACUUCCACACGCCCAGCGAACACCACUUGGACGGCGAGUACUAUCCUGCCGAGAUGCACUGCGUCUUUCAAGCCCAAGACAAGAGCAUCUCUGUCGUUGGCUUCUUCAUUGAGCUUGACGAGAACAACAACGAGGUCAUUGACGGCGUGUUUGAGCACGUGGACGCCGUGGCCACGCCCGGCACGGCAGGAUACACGGGGGCGCUCGACUUCAGAGGCCUGCAAAAGCACCUGAGCAACAGCGACAUCUACCAGUACAAGGGUUCUCUGACCACGCCGCCCUGCACCGAGGGUAUCCGAUGGAACGUCGUCCGGAAGCCGAUCACGAUUGACAUGAAGACCUUUAAGAAGAUUAAGAGCAUCAUGAAGUUUAAUGCCCGAUACGUGCAGAACGUUCCCGGGCAGAUCAACCUGCUGGAAAACGCUGCCGAGAACCUCGAAUAAAAGGGAGAGGUUGAUAGUAGAAAAGGCGGGUGAGCUUUUUCCUGUUUUGGGUAAUUUCUUUAGGAGAUCAACAUGGAUAGAGGCUUGGUGUUAUGAGGAUGAUGAAUCAUGCGUCUCCAUCCCAUUGGAGGAAGUGUUUAGUGUUUUUUUUUUUUUCCUCUUUUUUUUGCAACGAUGUUCCCUUUUUCUUUUCAAACCCCGCUUCUACGUGGUAGCGGUUUUAUAUGGUACAUACUGUGGACUUAAAACACGUUGUACAAACCUACUGUGUAAAUUUUAAGCAAUAUAUAACAAAAUCUUGGACAAGGCAC